CACCAGUACACAGAAAGAGAGAGAGAGACAGAGAGAGUAGAAGUAACAAGCUUCGCUUCUGCUCAGGUGUAUCUAUCUCUGUUGCUGGUGCUCAGUUCCUCUCUCUCUCCUGACAUUCCCUUCUUCUUCUUCUUCAUCUUCUUACUUCUCCCCUCGCUCUCUGAUCUGCAUUCUCUCACCACUCUCCAAACGAUCAUCGCCUCUCUCUCUCUCUCUCUCCCUCCCCUUCUGGCCCGCAUUGCCUUCACACAGCUCAGAAUUUAUCCUUAGACAUUCGAGAAUAUGACGGACAGGGUCUACCCGGCUAGCAAGCCCGCCGUCAACGGCGGCGCGGCCCCCGCCCCUGGCAUUCCGGCGGCGCCCGCGAAGCCCCAGCUCUACCGCCCCUACCGCCCGCAGCCGGCCGGGCACAACCGCCGCCGCCGCCGCUACGAAGGCCCGCGGUGCAGCUUCUGCUGCUGCUGCUUCUGGACGGUCCUCCUCGUGCUCGGGCUCUGCCUCCUGGCCGCCAUCGCCGGCGCCGCCGUCUACGUGCUCUACCGCCCGCACCGCCCCGAGUUCUCCGUCUCCUCCCUCCGGACCGCCACCCUCAACCUCACCGCCGCCCCCGACGGCUCCUCCACCCGCCUCAUCACCCUCUUCAACCUCACCCUCACCUCCAAGAACCCGAACAGCCACUUCACCUUCGCCUACGACUCCUUCGACGUCGCGCUCACGUCGUCCGCGUCCAACCCCGUGUUCCUCGGCAACGGGUCGCUCCCGGCGUUCACGAGCAACGAGAUGGCCGUGACCCCGCUGCGGGCGAUCGUGUCGAUGAGCUCCCAAGAUCUCGACGCCGAGUCGGUGACCUCGCUGAGGUCAGAUCUGAAGAAGAAGAAUGGGGUCCCCGUGAAGAUUCAGAUGGACACCAAAGUGAUGGUGAGCGCCGGCAAGCUGAAGAGCAACAAGGUGGGCAUUCGAGUGAGCUGCGAAGGGUUCAAAGGCGUGGUCCCCCCUCAAGGUAAGUCGCCGUCGGUGGCCACCGUGAGCGAUUCCGAGUGCAAGGUCGAUCUCAGGAUCAAGAUCUGGAAGCUCACUUUCUGAUUCCAUCCAUGGAAGCUGGUACUGCAUCUGUAUCUUUGGCAUUGCAAUAUCUCUCUCCUACAAAUCUUUUCUUGUUUCUGUUCUUGGUUUCUGGGUUUUGUGAAAUACUGUGGAAGAAUUCAUGGAGUUGCUGAUUGCGGGUUGAAAGAAAUGGAUGAAAAUGGCAAGUGAGCAAUCGAGAAAAGGAAAAUGCUGUAGGCUCUUUUUUUUUUUUUUUUUUUUUUUUUUGUUGGUUUUCUCAAUUUCUUGUUCACCAUUUUCGAGUGAUGAAGCGUUGACUUGAAAAUGGGUCAUGGAAGAAUCGAUGACAGAUUUUGUUGUUAUAUAAAGUGGUAAAUUUGCCCAUUCAA